CAAGAACAAAUAAUAAUGGCCAUUUGUGUUUUGGCGGUAGAGACAUUACACACGUGCCAUUCCAUCCAUUCCAAUAUUUUAUAAAAUAUGAAGUAUAUUUUAGUUACGGGAGGUGUUAUUAGUGGUGUAGGGAAAGGUGUUAUAUCGAGUUCAUUUGGGGCUAUACUAAAAUGUUGUGGAAUUGAAGUGACAUCCAUAAAAAUCGACCCUUACAUUAAUUUGGAUGCUGGAACUUUUUCACCGUACGAACAUGGUGAAGUAUAUGUGCUUGAUGAUGGUGGAGAAGUAGAUCUAGAUUUAGGAAAUUAUGAACGUUUUUUGAAUGUAACCCUACAUAGAGAAAAUAAUAUCACCACAGGAAAAAUUUAUAAGCAUGUGAUAGAUAAGGAAAGACAUGGUGAUUAUCUUGGAAAAACUGUUCAAGUUGUCCCUCAUAUAACUGACGCAAUACAGGAAUGGGUGGAGCGUGUGGCACAAAAACCAGUUUCAGAAACUGGAAAAAUCCCAGAAGUGUGUAUAAUAGAAUUGGGUGGUAUAAUAGGUGAUAUCGAAAGUAUGGCAUUCGUAGAAGCUUUUAGACAAUUCCAAUUUAGAGUAAAGAGAGAAAAUUUCUGUGUGGCACAUGUAUCUCUCAUUCCACAACCCAGAACUACGGGAGAACAUAAAACUAAACCGACUCAAUCAUCUGUUAGGGAACUCAGAGGAUUAGGAUUGUCUCCGGACAUUAUUGUUUGUAGGUCGGAGAAGCCCAUUGGACAUAGCGUUAAGGAGAAAAUUUCAAAUUUCUGCCACGUAGCACCUGAGCAGAUUAUUAGUAUUCCAGACUUAAAAUCAGUAUAUGAAGUUCCAGUUUUUAUGGAAAAUCACGGUAUGGCAGAAUAUUUAUGUAGAAGACUACACUUAGGAAUUACCCCCUUACCUCCAUUAAAAAAGUAUAUGAAACCGUGGAUAGAUCUUGGAGAUAGAAUGACCAAUCUCAAGAACGAAGUAACGAUAGGAAUUGUGGGGAAAUACACACGAUUGGAAGAUUCGUAUACGUCAAUUACUAAAGCUUUAAGACACGCGGGAAAUAAAGCUGGUUUUAAAGUUAAUUUGAAGUUUAUCGAAGCUUCCACUUUGGAAACUACUAUGCUGAAUGACGAUCCGGCUUCUUACCAUAAUGCUUGGCAUAAUUUAUGUGUUUGCGAUGGCGUUGUUGUACCUGGAGGCUUUGGAAAACGCGGAGUUGAAGGAAAAAUUGAAGCUUGUAAAUGGUGCAGGCUGAACGACAAACCCUUUUUAGGUAUAUGUUUGGGCUUCCAAGCAGCUGUGAUAGAGUUUGCUAGAAAUGUUCUUAAUUUAGCAGGAGCCAAUUCUACUGAAGUGAACGAGACCACUCCAUAUCCUGUGGUUAUUGAUAUGCCCGAACAUAAUACUGGAGGCAAAGGUGGUACUAUGAGGUUAGGAAAAAGAACUACCGUUUUUAAUAAAGCUACCAGCCUCGUCAAAACAUUGUAUGAAAAUAGAGAUAAAAUUGAUGAGAGACACAGGCAUAGGUAUGAAGUAAAUCCCGAAUAUAUUGAGAAUUUUGAGGAAAACGGCAUGCAGUUUGUAGGUGUCGACAUGGACAAGAAGAGAAUGGAAAUCUUAGAAUUAGACAAGCAUCCUUAUUAUGUAGCCGUGCAAUACCACCCAGAAUAUUUAUCAAGACCCAUGAAACCGUCACCGCCAUUUUUAGGUCUAAUAUUAGCUGCUAAAGACAGGCUUAAAGCUUAUAUUUCACGUGGAUGCAAGUUCUCACCUAGAGAACCUCAAUCCGAUUAUUAUGACUCAGAUGAAGAUUUAAACGAGUUGACAGUUAAACAGUUAACUGUAAAUGACGUUGACGACAACAGCAGUGCUUACAGUAGUUCCAGUUUAUCAUAAUUAAGAACUAAAUUUGGUAUAAAAAAUACCAAAGGAUGAACAUUUUUAACCUUAAUACAUUUUACUAUUUUUUAAAUGAUGCACAAUAAACUGUUCUUUUUAAAGUU